CCCACCCAGAGGCUGUUGACACAUGCCAAAAAUACAGAAUACAAUGUAAUUAUAUUUCGAGUGUUGUCUGUGUUGGUGAUGCGCGUAGAUGGUCAAGUGCUCCGAGAUGGUACUCCACCUGUCCUCGACGAAAAAGGAGAAAAAACGAGAGUGCUUUGAGUACCAUGCUAACUGACAAGGGUAAAGGGGGAAUGAUUGCCGGCAGUGUGAUUGUAUUCUAAUUCCAGUCAUUCCAACGACGAUAAUCGACACGGGAAGUGCGUAUAGACGUAAUUGCUCGAGGUGAUGGCUUCGCUCAGUGGAUUCAUCGAGUUCUUUCAGAAGGGAAAGGUGAAUACAUUCAGACCGAAGAAGAAGUUUACACAUGGAACUCUCCGGUAUUCUCUUUACAAACAGGCUCAGGCAUCAUUAAAUUCGGGGAUUAAUCUUCGUGCUGCUGUUAAAUUGCCACCCGGAGAGGAUUUGAAUGACUGGAUAGCUGUGCAUGUCGUAGAUUUCUUCAAUAGGAUAAAUCUGAUUUAUGGAACGAUAUCUGAAUACUGCGAUUCUGCUUCAUGUCCUACGAUGAGUGGAGGUGCGAGAUUUGAAUAUUUGUGGGCCGAUGGUGAGAAAUAUAAAAAACCCACUGCUCUUCCGGCUCCACAGUAUGUGAGCCUCUUGAUGGAUUGGAUUGAAACGCAAAUCAAUAACGAAAAUGUCUUUCCGGUUUCCACGGAUAUUCCGUUUCCAAAGACUUUUAUCGGCCUGUGUAAGAAAAUUCUAACUCGAUUGUUUCGAGUAUUUGUUCAUGUUUAUAUUCAUCACUUCGAUAGGAUCGUUGCGAUUGGUGCGGAAGCCCACGUGAAUACGUGCUACAAACACUUCUACUACUUUGUGACUGAGUUUGAAUUGAUAAAUGUGAAGGAACUCGAGCCACUAUCUGAAAUGACCUCCAAAGUGUGCAAAGAUACGACAGCAACUCCAAGCACACCCUCCAAUAGUCAAUCGAGAUAGUCAACGUAGAAUAAAAUAGAUGAUUUAAUGAUUUCAAUUAAUGAAAUCGCUUGACACAUUCAAAUAUCAAGAUUUCCACUUUUUUUACGUUUUUUUCAUCAACUCUGCACAUCACAUUUACUUAAUUCAUCUAGUCAUUUACACCAAGACAAUUAUCCAUUAUUUGUGCUCGUCAAUGAUAAUUAAAAA